GGAGAGGAAAAACAGAGACGGAGAGAAUUGAAACAGAGGAGAGACUUUUAAAUCAUACCCCCCAAAAAGAGCACCUCAUUUCCGGCCCCUUUCGAAGCUACAGAGGAUCGACAAAAAGAAGGGGAAUUGGGCAAAGAGAUGGAGGAAGUAGCUCUGAUCAUCGACGAGCUGCGGUCGAGCACGGCGAUCUCCCACUGCAGAAUCUGCCACGAGGCCGAGUUCGAGAGCUCCCAGAGCUUGGAAGCUCCCUGUGCUUGUUCCGGAACUGUCAAGUUCGCGCAUAGAGACUGCAUACAGAGGUGGUGUAAUGAGAAGGGCAGUACUAUCUGCGAAAUAUGUCUCCAGAAUUAUGAACCCGGAUAUACUGCAACUUCGAAGAAGUCACAGUCGAUUGAGGCUGCCGUGACUAUCAGGGAUAGUUUGCAAGUCCGCAGAACUGAGCACGAGCAGCUAGGCCUGAGAGCCGUAACCACAUCUGACGAAGAGGCGGAUGACUCCGACUACUCCGAAUGCACCUCCGCAGCCGAUCGAGGUGCUGCAUUCUGCCGAUCGUUUGCUUUUACGUUCACUGGCUUCUUGCUUCUAAGACACAUACUGGAAGUGCUUGAUGGUAAAGCGGACCAAUACCCGUUUGCGCUUCUCACGGUGCUUGUAUUGAGAAUGAGCGGCAUCAUUAUCCCCAUGUACAUCGUGGUUCAAACAAUUACGGCAAUCCAGAACAGCUUCCACCGUCGAUGUCAUGAUGUUGGCGAUGAAAUAUCCAACGAUGAUGACGAAGAUGACGAAGACGAUGAGGAAGAAGAUGAUCGGCAGAGACAUCAUAUAGUCUAAUGAUACAAUUAAACUGAUUCUUUUUAUUUUUUUCCUAAUAUCCUUGUACUAAUGAGCAUUUUAUUGAUGCUUCAAUUUGUCUUGUAAAUCAGAGCUUCGGCGGGGAAAAAGAAAAAAUGUAGAAAAAUUAUUAUUCUUUUGAAAAUUCUUUCACGAAUAAUAUAUAUAAAUAAAUAUAGUUUCAUCCA